AUGGACAGGAGACACAAAUAUUUUCACUAUGACAAACGCCUGAAGAUGUUGUUCCUUCUGAUGCUCUUGGUGCAGAAAGCUGUUACUCUGAGCUGCCCUGCGACUGAUGCUUUCCCGAUUCCUCAUGAGUGGUACCAGCCUGGUGAUCUCAUCGGAAGAUCACCUUUCAGCCACUUCCUGCCCAUUCCCAACUCAAAGCUAGCCAGCAUUUUCACUGCUGCCCUCAACUCAGCACCAGAUUCCACCAAGCCACCUGAUAAUAGAUCACAACUCUCUUUGUUGACUUAUGGUUCCUUUGCCCAAGAAGACUUUCAGAUUACUGAGUUAUUUCCACUUUAUUGCAUGGUCCCAAAAGAGGAGCAACAGUACACUGGAUUUAUUCAACUUCUUCUCCAUUUUGGAUGGACGUGGAUUGGACUCUUUGCUUCCGAAAAUAAAGAAGAAUGUUUUUUGCAGAAACUGCAGCCGUUGCUUUCUCAGCACAGAGUCUGUUUAGCUUUCACACAAAAAAUUCCACAACAUAUCCACUUGGAAGAUUUGUCCCAAUUGUUAGAUUCAAUAUCAAUUAUUUCUGAUAAAUUGAUAGAUCCAAAAGCAAAUGCUUUUCUGGUCUAUGGAGAAACAUUGACAAUAGUGUGGCUCAGAAGUGUCAUGUUUCUACGUGAUCCUGAAAAUAAAGAGUGUUCAUUAUGUAAGAAGGUUUGGAUCCUGAUGAAUCCAAUUGAUUUCAUUCUGCUGGGAACUCAAAGGAGUUGGGCUCUCCAGAUGUUCCAUGGGGCUCUUUCCUUUACUGUGCAUACAAGAGACAUUCACGGCUUCAAAGAAUUUCUUCAAGUCAUCAAACCUUCAACCCACAAAGAUGCAUUUCUUCAAGAGGUUUGGGAGCAAUUGUUCAAUUGUUCAUUUUCAAAUACAGAAUUAUCUUCAACGAUGAAUGAAACCUGUAGUGGAGAAGAGAAUUUGGAGAAUCUACCUACACCUCUGUUUGAAUUUCAGAUGACUGGCCAAACCUACAGUAUCUACAAUGCUGUUUAUGCAGUGGCACAUUCUUUGCAUGAGGCAGUGAGAUCAAAAUCCCAACCAAGAGAGAUUCAAAGGGUUGAAUUUCCAAAUCUGCUGCCUUGGCAGAGCAAUGGGAAAAAUGAAGGUUCGAAUCUCGCCAGGCUCAAGGUUGACUCAGCCUUCCGUCCUUCCGAGGUUAUUCCAUUUUCUCAGUGUAAUGACCCUUGCUACCCUGGAUACUGGAAGAAAGGAUUGGAAGGAAAGCAAUUCUGUUGCUACAACUGUGUUCCUUGCCCAGAAGGGAAGAUUUCAAAUGAAAAGGAUAUGGAUGACUGUUUUGAAUGUUCAGAAGAUCAUUAUCCAAAUAAAGAAAAGAAAGGCUGUAUCUUGAAAUUGCUGGUCUUUCUAACUUUUGAAGAAACUUUAGGAAUUGGUUUAUCCAUAGCAAUUCUUUGUUUCUUCUUCUUGACUUCUUGGGUACUUGGAACUUUUAUUAAGCACAGGGAUACUCCCAUUGUCAAAGCCAACAACCGGUCCCUCACCUACACCAUCCUUGUCUCUCUUUUGUUCUGUUUCCUCUCCUCUUUGUUCUUCCUCAGCCAACCUGACAAGGUGACCUGCCUUCUCCGACAACCAACUUUUGGCAUCACCUUCUCAGUGGCCAUUUCUAGUGUGCUGGCCAAAACCAUCACUGUGGUUGUGGCUUUCAUGGCCACUAAACCUGGAUCACAGAUGAGGAAGUGGGUGGGGAAAAGAUUGGCUUUUUCUGUUGUUCUUUCCUGUUCUAUUGUCCAAGUAUGUAUUUGUGUUCUUUGGUUGUCAACAUCACCUCCAUUCCCUGAGUUGGAUAUGCACUCAGAGCUCCAGGAAAUGAUUUUACAGUGCAAUGAGGGAUCAGCUUUCUUCUUCUACUGUGUCUUGGGCUACAUGGGUAUCUUGGCCAUUGCCAGCUUUAUUGUGGCUUUUCUUGCCCGUAAAUUACCUGACAGCUUUAAUGAAGCCAAAUUCAUCACUUUCAGCAUGUUGGCCUUCUGCAGUGUGUGGAUCUCCUUCUUUCCAGCCUAUCUGAGCACAAAAGGCAAAGCCAUGGUAGCUGUGGAGGUCUUCUCCAUCUUGUCCUCCAGUGCUGCAUUACUGGGAUGCAUAUUCUUGCCAAAGUGCUACAUCAUUGUUCUCAGACCUGACCUCAACCACAGGGUGCAUCUGAUAAAGAGGAAUUAG